AUGGGCGGCACCAAGAAGCGCGAUUCGCUUGACCUUCGCGACGACAAUGCUUCGGAGAUGGCUGAGGAUCGUUCCGCCGGCGUCGAGGCCGAAGUCUUCUCACAACCGGUCGGCUUCAUACCCAAGUUUCCGGCUCCUCCACGAUACAUCAAAGUCAAGGCGCAGUAUAGGAAAGAGAAGGAUUUCGACAGGCUCUUCUUAGCUCAGAUACUGCUGGACACUCCGAAAGGAAAGCCUCGGAAGAUGUCGAUCGACUCCAGGAUACACGAUAUUGGUGAAGCUCCCGCGGCCACCCCCACCGCUUCGACCAAAUCGGCGAACUCCGCCAUAUGGGCAAUGGAGUUCUCAAAAGACGGAAGAUACCUUGCUGCUGCUGGUCAGGACAAGAAGCUGAGAGUUUGGGAGGUCAUUGCGAGCAUCGAGGAUCGUGAUGUGGAAGAGAAGCUCUCCGAGUCCGAGAACGAUGGGGACAAUAUCAAGCUCAAUGCGCCAGUCUUUAAGAGCAAGCUGGUCCGCGAGUAUGACGGCCACACGUCGAGUAUCUUGGAUCUGAGCUGGAGCAAAAACAACUUCCUACUUUCUUCAUCCAUGGACAAGACCGUCCGCUUAUACCAUGUCACCAGGGCUGAGUGCUUGUGUGCUUUCAAGCACAAUGAUUUUGUGACCUCGAUUCAGUUUCACCCUCGCGACGAUCGAUUCUUCUUGGCUGGCUCCCUAGACUCGAAGUUGCGCCUGUGGAGCAUUCCAGACAAGAAUGUGGCGUACUGGACCCAGGUGCCAGACAUGAUUACUGCUGUGGCUUUCACCCCUGAUGGCAAGACCGCUAUUGCUGGCUGUCUCAACGGGCUCUGCAUACUUUAUGAUACGGAGGGUCUCAAACCACAUUCACAGAUACACGUUCGAUCCGCGCGCGGGAAAAAUGCGAAAGGGAGCAAAAUCACUGGCAUCGACACCAUCGCGUUACCUCGAGACGGCGGUCUUCCGGAUGUGAAGUUGCUAAUCACCAGCAAUGACUCCCGAAUACGAAUGUACAACCUGAAGGACCGAACGUUGGAGGUGAAAUUCCGUGGAAACGAAAACUCUUGCAGUCAAAUACAUGCCACAUUCAGUGACGAUGGUAAGUAUGUGAUCUGUGGGAGCGAGGAUCGGAAGGUAUAUAUCUGGCCCACCUCAGUCAACGAGAGGCCGGAUAAUGAUAAACGUCCGAUGGAAGUGUUUGAAGCUCACUCGGCGAUUGUCACGACGGCGCUGUUAGCCCCGGAGUCGACUCGAAGGAUGCUUGGAUUGUCAGGAGACCCAAUAUACGACCUGUGCAAUCCACCGCCAGUAACACUGGUCAGUAGGGCAGACUCGGUUAUCUCGUCACGUGCCCCGACGAAUAACAGCGACGACAAGCACGCUAUAAGCGAGAAAAGGCUAUCGGGAUCACCCAGACGUGCACCUGGAACUCCGGCAUAUCUCUCCCGAUGUUCUCACAGAGGUGGCCAAAUCAUAGUAACAACAGAUUAUACCGGACAGAUCAAGGUAUUUCGACAGGACUGUGCGUUCCAGAAGCGAAAACAUGAGUCCUGGGAUGCAGGCUCGACAUUUUCCAAAAAGGUACUCGGUCGCAGCGGAUCUGUAGUUACAGGAAAUUCUGCAACCUCAUCAACACGGCGAAAUUCAAUGGCCUCGAAGAACCCAUCCACCGAUCGGAUCUUGAGCUGGAGAAACUCUGUCAACGCGACAGAAACUGCCAAUGGUGCUUCCGCCAGUUUGUCUGAUAUCCGGAAAACACUCGUUGAUGAACAACGUACACGUAGCGCAUCGCCCAAGAAAUCGCUCGCCCACCGCCUCUCAAUACGCAAAAGGUCGUCACAGGACAAACAUGGACUCUUGUCGCCGACAUCUCCAGCCCAUUCACCACUUGGUCAGAUGCCGGAUAGGCCGUCGAUAUCGAUCCAGUCACCCACGGCCGAGUCACCGGGUAGUUUCCACUCCGUGCCGCAGCAGAAGACGCCAAAUUACGAAAAGCACCUGGGCCAGGAGCAUCUGGUGCCUAUCAAGACCAACCCCAGUCCUUCGGAUCUUCCUCGAAACGACCCACUCCUUCUGAUGGACCAACAGUCUUAUAUGGGGUGGGAUAUGCGGAAUACGAUGGUGCCCAUGGCGAAACAUGCUCCCCGGUCACCCGGGCUGUUGGGACCAGAUGGGAACCCUCUGUCACGGGCGAACAGCUACGUGAGCCAGUUGUCUAGUGAACUUACUGGUUCGGAACCCAAUAGUGCCAGUGCUAGCGUGCACGACAUGGAUGGCGACGAUGAGGGAGAACGCAGCCGCAAGUCCCGCGCAAGACGGCGGAGUACUCCUGAGAGUGAUGGCGAUUUGCGCUGUCGAAAGUGCCAGAAUAGGACUUUCAAGGCCACUAUGACGGACAAGGGUCAGACGUUUCGGUGUAAGAAGUGUGGCACCGUCGUGUAG